AUAAAUUUAUAUAUUUGCAAUAUAAAUAUGAAAUGCAUUAUGAUUUGCUAUAAUAAAGACAAUUAUUUUAUCGUUUUUCGUGAUUUGGAUAGGUUAGGAGUAAAAAUAGGAUCAAAAUAGGGAAACAAAGCCAGAAUAAGGCCAAUCAACGUUGGCGCCGACAGGAAAAUAACUAGGCAUUUUUACGAAGUACGAAUGUUCAACGUGUCAGUCCAACGUGUACAAAAAUUCCGGGAAAGGAAAAAUGUAGUUUGUGAAAAAAUAUUUCCAAGUUUUAAAAAAGUUCAAAAGACGUUACCAACAUGAAUAAGACUUCGCAAAGAACUGGGCAAACAUUAAAGUUUGUGAGUUUAGUUACUCUCACAGUUCAAAAUGCUAUGGUUGGCCUUAGCAUGCGAUAUUCACGUACCAGAGCAGGAGACAUGUUUCUUUCUUCCACUGCUGUUGUGAUGGCUGAAGUAGUCAAAUUGAUUACCUGCCUUAUAUUAGUAUAUGUCGAAGAAGGAAAUUUUGAGAAAUUUUACAAAGCAUUACAUAUGACAAUCGUGAAGCAACCUAUUGACACUUUGAAAGUUUGCGUGCCAUCCCUUCUGUAUAUUAUUCAAAACAAUUUACUUUAUGUUUCUGCAUCUAAUUUAGAUGCAGCUACGCAUCAGGUCACGUAUCAGUUGAAAAUUUUGACGACAGCCUUCUUUGCAGUGACGAUAUUACGUAGAUCUUUACACACUACUCAAUGGGGUGCUCUUGUACUGUUGGUUAUUGGAGUGGUUCUGGUACAAUUGGCACAAACUGUAAAAGCACAGUUACCUUCGGGUAUUGAACAAAAUCACUGGUUGGGUUUUUCUGCCGCUUUAAGCGCGUGUUUUCUCUCCGGCUUUGCCGGAAUUUACUUCGAGAAGAUUCUCAAGGACUCUGACAUUUCCGUAUGGAUGCGAAACGUGCAAUUGAGUGUGUUAUCUAUACCGUUCGGCCUAAGCACAUGUUUUUUACAAGACAGUAGUGCUAUACACAAGCAGGGAUUCUUCUUUGGUUAUGAUUUGUUCAUUUGCUACCUAGUGGUCCUGCAAGCAGGUGGUGGACUGAUUGUAGCUAUGGUAGUCAAAUACGCCGAUAACAUAUUGAAAGGAUUUGCUACGUCUUUAGCUAUCAUAAUUUCUUGUAUAGCUUCCGUUUAUCUAUUCGACUUUCACUUGUCGUUCCAGUUUACUCUGGGUGCAUUCCUUGUCAUCUGUUCGAUUUUUCUUUAUAGCCACCAACCGAAAACUGCAUCCCUCGAUAAACAUACAUCUGCUGAGAAAGUCUGAUAAUAGUGAAAAUAUAAGUUUUUAACGAGGUAGUACUCGACUUGAAUCUUAAAUUCUUGUAAACAGUUAAUAUUGAAUUGACGAUACAUGGACUUUUAAAUACUUAAAGGUAGAAAUAAUUAAAAUGCAGUAAUUAAAAUAAUUGACG